AUGCCUCUCCUCCGCCGAAACAUUCUCAGUCCCGAGAGACGCAACCCGUGCACCCACAUGACCAUGACCCGUCUCUAUGACCCCUAUGGCUCCUUCAAAUGCUCCUUGUGCCAUAAGCAUCCUAACAUUGGCUGGCUCUAUCGAUGUACCCAAGACACCGGUGGUUUCUUGCCCGAAUCCGACUUCACAGACGAGCCAGUCAUUCCAAAAGGUCGAGCACUCGGUCGAGAUGUCAACAAUCAAUCUCUCAGCAGUUCAAUCGUCAAGGCCAUUGGACAAGGUCAAUAUACUAGGCAAGAAGUCAAGAAGCUGAUUGAGCAGAAGGAAAGGGUCAGGGAUCUUGUCCUCGGCCAGCAAGAGCAGGAUGAGAGCCGGCCUACAACGGCGUCGACUUUCACUACUGUGACUACGACAUCCAGCGACGCUGAUGGAACUGUAGCCUCUCUGCCUCAGAGCACUACAUUUUCGACCAAUUCCUCAACCGAGCUCGACGAAGAAAUAAAGGCGGCGUAUGACUGGAAAGAGUUGCAAAAGGUCUGGAUGUCGGAGCCAACAAUCCCUCCUCCCACUCCCCGACCACAACCCUCGACCCCAGCACACUUCCCCCAACAGCAAGCCAGGCUGCCAUAUAUCCAGCCGUGCACCUUCAAAAUAUGCCCUACAUGCCGGCCAACCUACCGCGAGCGCGCAUUCCAGUCUCUCAAUCAAAUCUUGAACAAGCCAAUCGAACUCCCACCUGAUUGGGAGUUGCAAAACCGCAGAGUAUCUGAUGCCCGUGUCGUUGCCAAAAUGGGUUUGUCCAAACUCCCUCAGCCUCGAUUCUACGCUCAGACCGAUCCUGCUACCCUGCAGUCCUUUCACAGCAUCCCCGACAUCGUCGUGGACCACCCAGAUCCCGAAUAUCAGAAUAUGAGAAGAUCGUUCCUUAUGAUAGACAACACAGAAAGACGGCAGCACAAUGACUACACCCGUCCCUCGUCCAGCACACGCAGUGGUUUCCGACAAACUGUGCGCAAAGCCCUUGCCAGAGCUCGCAUCGAGGACUCUACAUCCACAAAUUCGAGCACCAACAAUUCCGAGCCUGGUGAUCCCGAGAGCCAGCCUCGCUCAUUGAUUUUCCGACGCCGCAGAGGCCGCACCCCCAUCUUAUCCUUCGCAGAAACACAUGGUGGCCGAGUUGUCGACACCAGCUCGCUCCAGGAUUCCGUCAUGUUGAUGUUGGCCACGAACACGCCUUUGCCGAACACGCCAACCCUGGCUGGCUUUCAAUGUGGUCCUAGCAUGGGAUACUCGGGGGGUUCAGGACCCAUCAAUAGUCACGAGAAUUGCCUCCGGAGUGUGGACAUCAUCAGCCAGACCUAA